AUGUUUGGUUGUUCCGGCAAUUUUCCUAUGACCACGACAUUCAUCCAAGAAGGCCCUUGGAAGAUCUCCUCUUCAACAAAGUCCCUCAACGAGCAUUUGUUCACUAGUGGCGUGCAGAAAGUGUCACAAGCCAUCCUCAUGAGCGCAAAUGACCCUCUGCAACAAUACUGGCUGUUCACAUCACAAUCCCGCCCUUUUGGAGUUUCAGCAAAUUGUAUGUUACUUAUGAAGUACUUGCUAGAUUUCAUUUACCUAAAACAGAGACCGAAAUACAAGUCUUUCCAGUUUUGGAAGCACACUUAG